GGCAUUGGAAUUACUGCACUGCAAGAUAAGUUAGAUCUCUUCUUCCCUAAAAAAGCGAAAAAAACUCAUGGUUUAAAUAUGGUUGUGUUCAGAAUACGAAGAAUGAUGUGUUUUUUCGUCUGGUUGCUCCCCAUCAUAGUGGCUAUGGUGUACGCUCAAAGUGCCAGUGUCAGUGACCCUAGCAAUAUGUCUUUGGUCAAAGAAACGGUGGACAGACUGUUAAAAGGUUAUGAUAUACGAUUGAGGCCAGAUUUCGGAGGUCCUCCGGUUGGAGUGGGAAUGAAUAUAGAUAUAGCCAGCAUAGACAUGGUAUCAGAAGUCAAUAUGGACUACACACUGACAAUGUACUUCCAGCAGGCCUGGCGAGACAAGCGGCUGUCCUACUCUGACAUCCCCCUCAACCUGACAUUAGAUAACCGGGUCGCUGACCAGCUCUGGGUCCCUGACACCUACUUCCUCAACGACAAGAAAUCGUUUGUCCACGGUGUCACAGUGAAAAACAGAAUGAUCCGACUGCACCCAGAUGGUACCGUACUGUAUGGUCUAAGGAUAACUACCACUGCUGCUUGUAUGAUGGAUCUGAGAAGGUAUCCACUGGAUGAGCAAAACUGCACACUUGAGAUAGAGAGCUAUGGUUACACUACAGAUGACAUUGAAUUCUACUGGCGAGGAGGAGCUAAUGCUGUGACAGGAGUAGACAAGAUUGAACUUCCCCAGUUCUCCAUUGUGGAUCAUAAGCUCAUCUCCAAGAAUGUUGUCUUCUCCACAGGUUCUUACCCUCGUCUGUCCUUGAGUUUUAAGCUGAAGAGAAACAUUGGUUACUUCAUCCUGCAAACAUACAUGCCUUCUAUCCUCAUCACCAUCCUCUCCUGGGUCUCCUUUUGGAUCAACUAUGAUGCCUCUGCUGCCAGAGUGGCUCUAGGUAUUACCACUGUGCUCACCAUGACUACUAUUAACACUCACCUAAGAGAGACGCUCCCCAAAAUCCCGUAUGUCAAGGCCAUCGAUAUGUACCUGAUGGGUUGCUUCGUCUUUGUCUUCCUGGCUUUGCUGGAGUAUGCCCUGGUAAAUUACAUUUUCUUUGGCCGGGGCCCUCAGCGUCAGAAAAAGGCUGCUGAGAAGACAGCUAUAGCCAACAAUGAAAAGAUAAGGAUGGAUCCAAACAAGUGGCUGGUGGGGAAUGUCGUUGGCAGAGAUGAUACUCUGUAUGCAAGAAUGAAACAACGUGAUCUUGAUGGCCAUGACUCAAUGUGGGAACCAAUCUUUGUGGAUGAUGCAGCAAUUGGUCUUGGCGAUCAAAAAAAUAAGAUGGACCCACAUGAAAACAUCCUUUUGGGUACCCUGGAUAUUAAGAACGACAUGGGCGUUUCAGAACUGGCUCUGGGUCUCAAUGACCCACGGAAUACCAUGCUUACAUAUGACAGCUCAGCUCUACAGUAUCGCAAAGCAGGACUGGCCAGGCACAACUUUGGCCGAAAUGCACUGGAGCGUCACAUGACUCAAAAGAAAAGCCGACUACGGAGGCGUGCUUCACAGCUAAAAAUCACCAUCCCUGACUUGACUGAUGUAAACUCUAUUGACAAAUGGUCACGGAUGAUCUUUCCAACUGUUUUUUCCUUUUUCAAUAUUGUUUAUUGGCUUUAUUAUGUCAAUUAAGAUUUAAAAAAAAUGUAAAAAAGGACAAUAGUGAGGGCAAGACCAAACAGCAAAUAUGUUGCUAAUUUUGUCUUUGUAUCUCAUUUGUUUCAUAUUUAUGUGAUCUUAAAAUGCCAGACUGAAUCAGUGUAUUCAGGGCUGGUUCAGUCAUAACUUCAAAUACAGUAUUUGCUGGCUAACACAUGAAAACCUUACACAAGAGAUUACAAACAUAAGGUGCCUGUUCCUGAGUAUUUGUUUAACAUUUUAUGUAUUAUGUGAUGUGUGCAUCUUUCCGUUAUUUCAGAUGUUUGCAUUUCUUAUGUUUUUAUUCUGUUAGAUUUACAAUAAUCAGUAAUUGCCAAACUGUUAUAUAAAUAAGAUAUGAAUGGAUAAGCUGACACUUUAUAAUGACCAUUUACUUUCACCAACACUACUUAAAAGUGCUUGAAGCCAGUUCAGGUUAAUAGGGCUUUCUAUAUUAAUUAUAUCAGAAUGUCAUGUUUAUGUGA